AGAGUGGGAGAGAGAGAGAGAGAGAGAGAGAAAGAGGGUGCGCAGCUGCUUCACACCAACACAUCUCCUUUUCUCCGCAACUUCUCCUUUCACUUCCUAGUUGUUCGGAACCGAUCGCAGAUCUCAACGAGCCACUUUCUGUUUGGGGAAAGCCGAGCCCCUGGGUUUGCACUGUGACGCACCACAGGGCGGCUGGGAUUUUUUUUUUUUUUUUUUUUUUUUUUUUGUACCCGAACACCGGGGCGACCCAAAUAGCCGGGGAGCACUGCGGAACCCCCUCCCCCGGUUGGGACCGAGGUGCUGUGGAGGAGCUGCGGGCUGCAGGUGACGGUCAGAGCCGAGGCGGUGUGGCGGCACUGAGGCAACACAGAUGGUGUUUCUGUGGGAUGCAAAAUACGAUCCAGCCCCUGGCAGGCGAUAUACUCCCCCCUCCACCUCACUCGCCUCAGGGGGGAAAAUGGCCGAGGCUUUGCCUCUAGGAGCCCAGGAGGCGGGUGGGGGGGCUACGGUGAUGGGCAAAUUCCGGAUAGCAGACCACGGCAUGGCUGAAGUGAUUUCGGAUCAUCCAGGGGAGCUGGUGAAGACCGACAGCCCGAAUUUCCUCUGCUCUGUGCUGCCCACUCACUGGAGGUGUAACAAGACCCUUCCGAUUGCUUUUAAGAUAGUGACCCUGGGCGACAUUCCCGAUGGCACCUUGGUAACGGUGAUGGCCGGGAACGAUGAGAACUACUCGGCGGAGCUCCGCAACGCCACCGCCGUCAUCAAGAACCAAGUGGCCCGAUUCAACGACCUGCGCUUUGUCGGCCGCAGCGGGAGAGGAAAAAGUUUCACUCUCACGAUCACGGUGUUCACCAACCCUCCCCAAGUAGCUACGUACCAAAGAGCGAUCAAAAUCACGGUGGACGGUCCCAGAGAGCCACGACGUCAUCGCCAGAAGCUGGACGAGGUCAAACCUGGCUCCCUGGCUUUCUCGGAGAGGCUCACGGAGCUGGAGCAGCUGAGGAGGAGCUCCAUCAGAGUCAACCCUCCUCACAAUCAUCACCAUCAGCCGUCUGCGAACGGCCACCAGUCGGCGGUCCUCACCUCAGCGACGUUCUCCAGCCCGCCCCACUCUGGACUGACAGCCGAUUCCAGACAGAUACAGUCUUCUCCGUCCUGGUCCUAUGAUCAGUCGUAUCCCUACCUUGGCCAGAUAACUACUCCUACUGUUCACACGGCGGGUCCACUCUCACCAGGUCGCUCGUCUCUCGGCGACCUGUCCUCAAGGCUCACGGGUCCUGACCUUACAGCCUUUAGUGACCCCAGGAUGGCUUUGGAGCGACCUUUCAGUUCCCUCCCAUCUUUGCCCGAUUCCCGUUUCUCUAACCCUCGGGUCCACUACCCUCCCACAGGAGCCGCGUUCACAUACACCCCAUCUCAUAAUCCCGUCUCCAAUGGUGCCAUCAGCAUCACCAUGGCGACGGCCAUGGCCACCACCCAAACAGGACGGUACCACACAUAUUUGCCUCCACCUUACCCGGCAAACACCCCUCACCAAGCCCAGAAUGGGCCGUUCCAGUCCACUUCGUCUCCUUAUCACCUGUACUACUCCGCCACCACUGGCUCAUACCAGUUUUCUAUGAUGCCCGGGGGAGGAAGCAGCAGUGACUCGCACUCUCCACCUCGCAUCCUCCCGCCUUGCACCACCGCUUCCACGGGUUCCUCUCUUCUACACCCUUCUUUGCCCAAUCAGAACGAGGGAGUAGGGGUGGAGGUGGAAUCCAGCCACAGUAGCUCACCAACAAACAUGGCUGCUGCCGAAGCUGUGUGGAGACCGUACUGAGUCGCCUGAGAUGGGGACAGAUUUUCUACUCUUGUCACGGCAGUACUGCCAAGAGUGGUUUCACCUUGAGGACUUAAGUGAAUUGAGUCUUGUCUUUACAUCAUUUGAGUUGUUUGAUAGAGGGAGCAAAGCCAAAGUCUCACACCCUGUAAAGUGGAAUCCACUAUUUAAUCUUUUGAAGGUUUCUGGCUUCCUGGUAUCUCUCUGUCAGCACCAGAUAUACUGAUCCAUCUUCUUAGAGCAUCUUUAUCCCAAGAAGUCUUGAAAAGUUACUGUUACGGUUUCUGGUUCUUAAAAAGAGCCUUGAUCUGUCCAGAAAACUGCUCUCAUUUUCCAUGCGGGUUUACAAAAUGUUACUCAACCACAACAAAUGUAGAUUUUGGUGUCUAUUUUCAGUAAAAAAAAAAAAAAAAACAUGAAUUUCCAGUUGGCUCUAAAGAUGGAAUCCAUAGCAGUAGGACUGUGAAUAGAGAUCACCUUCAGUAUAGUGUGUGUUUUGUACCAAUGAAUCAACAUGUCAGCUUGUGCAACUUAGCCACUAAAUUAAGUGUUUAUAGAUUUUUUUGCUCGGACAGUAAAAGAGGUCUACUUCACCAACAUAUGAGAUCCAGCGUCUCAGAUCUGGAUACACGCACAGUUACAGUGAAAGAGUUGCAAGGCGUUGUUUGGUUCUAUACAUGGGAUGUCAAUAAAACGGUUGAAAGUU